UGUCAGUCAGGCGGCUAGCGAGGUAUGCUGCUGAUUGACAGCGCCGUGCCAUAGCUCUGUAUGGAGGAGACAAAAUGAAAUAUAUUUGCUAUAUAAUGUAAAAGGUGACAGAGCCGAUAGUUAAAGUGUUUGAAAAUAGGUUUUCAUUUAUUUUAGGUCAAGUUUGAAACGGUGAAGUUAAGAAAGCAAGCAAGAGUUGGAAGGUUUCGUCGUGAAUGGCUUUCGACGCGGUUGGCAGUGAUAGAAGCGGAGGUGAGGCUGCGUGGAUCAUGCACCAGCACAUGCAGUCCGAUCCCAAGUCCUCUUGGCCUUCAAGCUACACCUCAGAAAACAAUAACUGGAACAACGGCAUGGAAUCUCAGUAUCCUGGCUACUCAAACUAUUGGUACCCACAGUCGCACACAGCGGGACCAUACAACAACACAUACCCCCCUGGCACAGAGGUCAAUGGACAAGCUACAUACAAUCCUCAGGCAAUGUCAGCCUGUCCCAAUGGCGUGUACAAUCCAGGACAGUACUCGACGAAUAUGCUGCAUCCGUCCAAUCCGUUCUACUGCAGUGAUCAGGGUCCUUCAAGACAACCUCAGUAUCACAACCAGGGCUGCCCUGAUCAAAACGCAGGGGGCUCAGCUCCUCCCCCCUUCCCCGUAGCACACUGUCAAGGGGCUCCUGGCUACCCUCCAGGAUCUUAUUCACAUUACGGAGAGGGAUGCACUUCUACUUCCCCCUACCCCAACCAGCAGCCCAUGCUCUCAAGACCCCAGCAUGAGGCCUGGUCCCACUCUGGAGGCUAUGGGCCCACGCCCCCCCAACAACCAUGGCCAUCCAGUAGCCCGACACCUCAUGGCCAUUAUGGCAACCAUGUACGACCACCUCACCCACCGCCAUGGCAGGGACCUGCACCCCCACCAUAUGAGCACAAGGAUCCACCUUAUCACGGCCAGCCCCAUAUGCACCCACGAAACCAACCUGCUGCAGGCCCCAAACCACGUGACAGCACCCCAAAUGCACCCCCCCCCAAAUCUACCCAAUUUAGCGCUCCACCUCAAAUCUACAACAAAACUCCGUCCGGUGGAGGAGGUACUGAUCCCAAUCCAGCCCAGAGCGAACAACCUCCACCUUCUUCCAGCCCGGGGUCAUUCGCUCCAACCGCACUGAGCGAAAAUCCUGGCCUGGCUCGAGUCCAGCAGAUUCUUGCCAGAGUCCAGCUCCUCCAGGAGGACGUGGACGAGUUUGUGGGGAAAAAGACGGACAAGAGCUACCGGUACCUGGAGGAGCUUUUGACAAAAGAGCUGCUGGAACUCGACUCGGUAGAGACACACGGGCAGGACGCCAUUCGACAGGCACGUAAAGAGGCUGUUCGAAGGAUCCAGGCAAUCUUGGAGCGUCUUGAGAAAAAGGCUUUCUGAGGGUUGAUCGAUUGCGCUUCUUUUUGAUUAAUCUUGUUUUUUCAUGAUCACAAAUUAGUGUUUGCCAGUUAGUCGCUUUAUUGUCUGAUACCUUUUAAAUGUGUGGUGUUUUUGGGUUUUCCACCUCAAGUUUUAGUCAGAGUACAGGCAAUUAUAAUCAUUGCAGUGCCCUCUGCUAUCCAGCAAAGUCAUCCGACAUCUAAGUUUCACUGCACAACACUUUUUUAAGAUUUUCUUUUAUUCCUAUAAAGCGGCUAACUUGACCACACUAGUAUUGCAAGGGUUUUUUGGUAGCACAUGAGAGACUUUCAUUUGGCACUACUAUAUUGUUUAUUACAUGCAUACAUUUUUAAUUUUUAAAAACAUUUGGUGAAUGAAACAUUAAGAUUAGUCAUUUGGUAACUCGUAUCAUAUUUCUCAUUUAUUUCUAUUUGUAUUAUCUGUGUUUUUCGUCUGUUAAAAAAGAAAUUGUUUCGUUUUAUAUGAAAAUGAUUGGAUUGCACAUACUAGUUUUUUCAUGGGUCUGUUUAGUCCAAACUUGAUUUAGAUUGGACAAAUCUUGUACCAGCACGCACAUUGCCAUCAGAAUUUUCCCUGUUAAAAUUUGUCUUUGUAUUACAUAUGGAUUUCAAGACCUCAUUAUCAUAAUUGUGGCUUUUUGUUUAUGUCUAUGUGCUAUGUAUGCUAGGGUACUACUAAAAGUCAAAUCUUCUGGGAACGUGGAGCAAAAAUACUCUUGUUCACUGUGGAUUUGGGAAUGUACUAAAUUUAAAUAAAAUGCACUGUAAAAUAUCUGCUUCCCCUAAUACCAACUUCCUCUGAAAAGCAAUAGCAACUAGCAAAUCAUUAACUAAAAAAGAUUAAGCUUUUUAAAGGGAUAGUUCACCCAAAAAAGAAAAAAAACACAGUUGACGGUACCCAUUGGCUUCCAUACUAUUUCAACUGUGUGUUUACUAUCAUUUAUCAAAAUAAUUUAUUUUAUAUUUAAUAAAAAAAAAAAUGCUUACAGGUUUAAAACAACAUGGGGGUGAGUAAAUGAUGACAGUUUUUGUUUUUAGAUGAACUUUUCCUUUAAUAUGUUAUGACCUCGCUCCCUGUUUCAAUAGGAAAUGAAUUAACACAAGGUAAACAUUAUUAUUUCAAGGGGUCUUUAAACUUCACACCUGCUGUAUUCUUCUGUUGUCACUUCCUGUGUGCUCUUACAAGUCUUUGCAUUAACAUGUUUAUAUCGUGUAUUUCUAAAGACCUUUGGGCUAAUGUUGAAUUUUGUUAUUGGGACUGAAGCUGAUCCAGUGGAUGCGGGUGAUGGCAACCAUUACCGUGGCAAAUCUACAUUGUUUACAGCUGAACAGUAGGCGUUUUUAAACAAAAGACAAUAAGGAGUAAUGUACAGUUUAUAUCUAAAGACUGGAGUGGGGAUGUGGAUUACAACACUUCCAUGGAAUUUGUAUAAAGAAGAAAUUCCCUUUAACACUACAUUUAAUACUUUGCACCAAAGUCAUUGACAUCCCAGACCGUUCAACUGGUCUUCCUCCUACUACAAGGAUUUUAUGUCUGUUUUGUAACAACGAAAACCAGUGCCAUAAUAUCAGCGGGUGCUUUUCAUAUUGCAACAGAGAUGUACAUGAAAUAUAUAAACAAUACUGAGCUCUGCAUGAAGUCUCAAAGUCCAUGUUGAUCUUUAUCAUGUUUUUGCCCAGCUCUCUGUAAAUUAUGACUUGAUGUGUAUACCUGAAUUUGUUUAAUAGAAUAACCUUUACUGAAAAAGAUAAGUAUAUUUGUAAUAAGGAAUAUAUUGAAAACAAAACUCUGAAUAAGGACCAAAAAUCUGCCUGUUGAGUUGAUGCUGAAGGCCCCAAUGUACUGCAUGUUUUGAAUACAAGAAGAAGCUGUUUAUCCAUAAUGUAGGACUGAAGUAGAAUUUCUCAUAUUAAAAAUCAAGAUAUUAAAAUUA